AUGGUUCGUGCAUCAGAGCAAGAGCAGGAAAGCUAUAGGAGCAGGCUCUUCAAUUUCAAAUGGAGGAACAACGACAACAAUGCAGGGAAACAGGCCAAGAGUAUCAGCGUCGAAUCCGGUUUGGAUGAGGCUGCCACCGGAUCUCAGGAGGCUGAACCGUUGACCAUAAUCCAUCCUAACAAGGCCCCGCCGCUUUCAAGAUCAGCUGCGGAUGAAGCAGCGCUCGCCGCCGCACAGGCUAGAGAGAAACAGCUUCUGGCAGACAUGGAGCAGAUGAAAGAGCGCUUCUCCAAGCUGUUGCUGGGAGAGGACAAUUCCGGUGGAGGCAAAGGAGUCUCCUCUGCUCUCGCCCUCUCAAACGCAAUCACAAACCUUGCAGCUUCUGUGUUCGGAGAGCAACGGCGUUUGGAGCCAAUGCCUGCAGAGAGGAGAGCAAGAUGGAGAAGAGAGAUAGAUUGGCUUCUCGCUGUGACGGACUACGUCGUUGAGUUUGCUCCAUCUCAACAAAAAAACAAAGAUGGAACCAAUAUGGAGAUAAUGACCACACGCCAACGUACUGACCUCCACAUGAACAUCCCCGCCUUAAAGAAACUGGACGCCAUGCUCAUUGAUUGUCUAGAAAAAUUCAAGGACCAAAGCGAGUUCAGCUAUGUUUCAAAAGACUCGCCUGAUUCGGAGAACGCAAACGCUAAGAGAAAUGACGACAAAUGGUGGAUUCCGACAGUCAAAGUUCCGCCAGAUGGUCUAUCAGAAGCUUCUAGAAGGUUCUUGCAGUACCAGAAAGAUUGUGUAAACCAGGUUCUAAAGGCAGCCAUGGCCAUAAACGCACAGGUUUUGUUCGAGAUGGAGAUCCCUGAGAGCUACAUCGACUCUCUCCCCAAGAAUGGGAGGGCAAGUCUCGGGGAUCAGAUGUACAGGAACAUAACGGUGGACUGGUUCGACCCGGACCAGUUCCUGAGCACCAUGGACAUGUCAUCGGAGCACAAGAUCGUCGACCUCAAAAACAGAAUCGAGGCAUCAAUUGUCAUAUGGAAACGUAAAAUGGUUCACAAAGACAGCAAAUCAGCGGCCCCGUGGGCUUCCGGCGUCAGCCUCGAGAAGCGAGAGGUCUUCGAAGAACGAGCUGAGACCAUUUUGCUCAUCCUCAAGCAAAGAUACCCUGGGAUUUCACAGUCUUCACUCGACAUCAGCAAGAUCCAGUUCAACAAGGACGUGGGUCAAGCGGUGCUGGAGAGCUACUCGAGAAUACUGGAGAGCUUGGCGUACACAGUAAUGUCGAGAAUCGAUGACGUUCUAGAGGCAGAUCGAGCGGGGAACAAGAGGAGCACGCCGAGGGAAACAGAGGACGAGACGCUGGUUGGGAGCAUGACGCUGUCGGAUUUCAUGGGAUGGGACUUGGAUCAGUCGAAGAAGGAUACGUCAGACGAUCUGUUGGUGAAGGAGAAGCUAAGCGUCGUCACGACCAAGAAGACGUCAUACCUUGAAACCUUAGGCGGCGUCAGGAGUCCAACGGCGCGGCAUUGAUUCGGAUUAGGGGGCGAGAGAGACGAGAGAGAUUGAUUGAUUGAUUGAUUGAUUGAUUGAUUGAUUGAUUGAUUGAUUGAUUGAUUGAUUAUUAGGAGGAA